UCAUUUUCAGAUGUGGUUUGUACGGAUUCCACACGAGUAAAAUUGAAAUUGGGAGAAGAAGGCUAUGGUGAUUACAUCCAUGCGAAUCACGUUACCUCUCCGCUGUUAACGACCAAGUUUAUUUGCACUCAGGGACCUUUACAAUCUACGAUCCACGACUUCUGGCGGAUGAUCUUCCAAGAGCGGAUAGAGUCCAUUCUAAUGCUCUGCAAACCAUGCGAAGAUGGUCGGCCGAAGUGUUCCAUCUAUUGGCCAGAGGCGAUAGGAGAGACGACGUCAUUCGAUACGGUCGUAGUGAAAAACACCGGUGAAGACGUCGACGAAUUCGCCACCACGACGUCGCUGGUGGUGGAGUUGAAUCCAGCAUACGGUAUGACGGAAGUGCAAUACCUUUACAUUCAUCGGGUGAUGAUCGAGAACGCCCUCCUACAUAUUAAUUUAAAUGAAUCGACGAGAACAACUGGACAGCGAUUCCUGCGAGAUUGGCCAGAUCGAGGUGUCCCUGACCACAAUUCAUGUCGAAUACCCCUUCAUCUUCUGGAUAGAGUACGACAUGCUCCAUGUGUUGUUCACUGCUCGGCCGGAAUUGGUCGAACGGGCAGCAUCAUAGCGCUAGAGUUAGCUCUUCAAAAAGUCGUAGUCGGCAGCAAAAUCGACUUUGAACAGAUCGCUCGCGAGUUAAGAUGUGCUCGAGCUCAAUGUAUACAGACGGAAGUGCAAUACCUUUACAUUCAUCGGGUGAUGAUCGAGAACGCCCUCCUACAUAUUAAUUUAAAUGAAUCGACGAGAACAACUGGACAGCGAUUCCUGCGAGAGUACGACGAUAAAAUGCGAAAAUAG